AUGCAAGACAUGACACAGUCUCUCCCUCCAGGUUUCAGGUUUCAUCCCACUGAUGAGGAGCUCAUCACUUGCUAUCUCAUGAAGAAGGUUGCCUCCUCUGUAGAUCCAACAGCCUCCAUGAUUGCAGAAGCAGAUAUCUACAAGUUCAAUCCAUGGGAACUGCCUGGACGGGGCUACUUUGGAGAGAAGGAGUGGUUUUUCUUCAGUCCCCGUGACAGAAAAUACCCAAAUGGUCAUCGUCCAAACAGAGCAGCAGCAUCAGGAUACUGGAAGGCCACUGGCACUGACAAACCAAUACUUUCAGCUACUGCAUCAUCAAGAUGCUUAGGAGUAAAGAAAUCACUUGUGUUCUACAGAGGUCGCCCUCAAAAGGGCAUAAAGACUGAUUGGACUAUGUGGGAAUAUAGGCUUCUCAAUAAUGGCCACCAACCUUUCAGGCAAAAGGGGUCAAUGAGGUUGGAUGAUUGGGUGCUAUGCCGGGUUCGAAACAAGAGCAACAAUGUUGCAGAGGGGAGAUUUGGAAAUGGGAAAGAAGACAUAACUGAGAAAAUCAACCCCUCUUAUUAUGAUCAUCAUUGCUAUGCUGGAGGGAGUGAAGUGUUGGAUGGGGUUGAGUAUUUUGGUCACUUCCAAACAGGGUCCUCAUCAAAUCCACUAGGAAUGUAUGGUUCACAGGCAAACAUCAUGGGUGGUUCUGUGAAAGAGGCACUGGAAAAUAUCAAAAGAGUGCUUCUAUUUGAGCCUUGCAUGAACGGCCAUCCCCAAAUAUUGAAUCAAGAUGGAUCUGAAUUCAAUCCAACUAGCUAG